GGAGAAUGGUGUUUUCCUCAGCCACUGGUGCGUCUCAGUAUUGUAAUUUAUACUCGAAUUGAUCAUAGAACUGCCUUCGGUUCUGAUUCGGCCGAGGGAGUUCAUGAAAGCUUGACAAGGAUGUUGAGCCAAUCAUAGAAACAAGACUGUAGAUUGUCUUGACAAGUAGCCCCGAAGAUUGCCGAAUGUCACUGUUCUCCAUUCCGACUGUAGACAAUCGCAUCAGUGUUUGUGUCUGACUCCCCUGGAGUAGUGGGGGAACGUGAAAAAAAACAUCAAACAGCUGAAACAUCCGUUACAACAGUUUCAGUCAUCACUGAUUUCGUUUUUGUAUCAUUACAUAUAUAUUAUGUUUCGAAUUAUUGGAUCAACCGAGACACGUGUCAAUGAUGUGAGAAAAUUGGGGCUGAGUUUUGUUUAGACGGAGAUAAUGGAGGAUUGAGGUUAAUUGUGGACGAAUGAGAGGAAUUAAAUAUUCAAGAAUUCAACGGGGCUAUCGAACAAAGGAUAACGAUUGGUAAUUGAUGUGUUAGGGGUGUAAACAUGUCUUGGCUCUUUUGUUUUCCGUGGCCAGAGGGAAUUAAGAAGAGGGCAUGCAGGUACCUUUUGCAGAGGUAUCUUGGACAAUUUUUGGAGGAGAAACUGACACUUGAUCAAUUGACUGUUGAUUUGUAUAAUGGCACGGGAAGAGUCACCAAUGUCAGCCUCGAUGUUCAGGCACUCAAUGAAAUGGGCGAGCAACACCACUUACCCCUGGAGUUCGUCGACGGUUUCAUAUCCGAGAUGUCCCUCAGCAUACCCUGGUCAGCGCUCCUCAGCGAGGCCAGCUAUGUCGAGGUCAAGGGUCUCAAGCUCACUGUUCAGCCUCGACAGAGAACAGAGACUGGCACCUCCAUGUUCGAGUCGAUGUGGAGCUCCAUGACAUCCAGCAUGCAACUGGCACAGGAGUGCCUGCAGCAGGAUGCCAAUAAUGCGGGAAAUGCACAGCCUCUCGAGGGGGUGGAGUUGUUCGCGCAAACUAUAGAUUCAAUACUCUCUCGAGUAAAAGUGAGAUUUCUGGAUACUGUGAUACGCCUGGAGCACGUCCCCCUAGACUCGACCACAGGAGUAGCGAUAGAAAUGUGUAUAAGAAACCUAGAAUAUUCGGACGAGGCAGGUUCAGACCCCUCGACCCUGACGCUAGACCCCACUCAACCAACAAAAGGUUACAUAGUAUCGGCCUUCACGACUAAACGCUUCUACUUGGAAGGGGUGACCAUUCACAUAGACGAGUUCCCCUCCCGCUUGCGGACAUUCUCCCGAAGUGUGAUCACGACCUCCCGAGGAUCAACGCCGGAUUCGAAAGCUUCUGAUGGACAUUUUUCUUCCGCACAAAUGUCUCCCUCGAUGCACACGCCCCCAGAGAAGAGCAUAAUAACGACACUGUCCCAGUCUAAUCCGAUAAUCUGUGGAAAGCUGACGGGAAGGCAGGAGAUCAGACUGAAACUGAAGCAAGGAGAAGGUGUAUCAGGUCCUAAAGUGGAGCUUGAGGUGACUCUGGGGUCUUUCAUCUCCUUCCUGAGUCCUAGGCAGCUUCACGUUCUCCUGGAGCUCUGUCACGGCCUCGCAUCCCCAGACCUGGAGGACAUGUCGAACGUGGCGCCACGUCCCUGUGUGGAGAAGCCGAUGGCUGGUGCCGACUUCUCCAGGGUCGAGCGGGAACUGAUGCACCAGUUGAAUCCACCUGCUGGUACCAGGUCCACAGAUCUACGGAACACUCAGGGCUGGUCGACAGCUUCCCUGGACGAUUCAGACAACGAGGAGGAGUUCCUUCCCAUGAAGCUGCCAGGCAUGUCUGACUCCAUGUCCACCAACGCCGUCACCAUGGAUGAAAGUAUGACAAGCACCACGAGCUCCAAGAGCUCGAUAAAUGUCUCGAGAACGCACAAACACAGGACAAGCGUGGAGACAGAUCCCUGUGCAGAGACUUCUCAAUUUCACAUUCGAGUUUCCUCCAUAGCUGUCGUUGUUCUCCACGAGGACAUCUUGACACUGGGGAUCGAGUCGCGAGGACUGACGUGUGCCAGCAUCGAGCAGAUGAGGAAAACAUCUGAGGACUUCUUCAAUAGUUUGGGAAUUUUUGCUGCGGAUUAUGGCAACAAAAACUUCGAGAAGGCUUCGAAAAUGUUUCUGGAGGCGUGUAAGCUGAGCCAUAUAAGGCUCCUGGCAGCUCCACUGGUGAUCGAGGGCUCUGAAAAGACGACAAGCCAGGCCUCCGCCAUCACCGGGUCCCUCACACUGGCGAGCCUAGAGCUGAUAGAGUGCCUGAUAGAUUCAAACAAAUCGACGGAAGCUCAGAAUAUCGAGUUCAUAGAGCUUCUGUCCUUCGCCAGGACCGAUACCCAGGGCUUCUCCAACACAACAGACUUCAGGAUGCGUUUCAAGUACUCCGAGAAAGCUGUACGUCAUGGCCAGAUGACAAAAUUCACUCAUCCUCGAACGGAAAUAGAGAUAACAUUGGAGCCCUGUCGAUCAGAGCUAGAUGUUACGCUAGUCGACCGCAUAUCAGCUGUGCUGAAUCCCCAGCAUAUCUGCGUGAGUAAUCCUCCGACUAAGGGUAGGGACAUGUGGAACCAGCAGAGUAUGUUCUACCAGGCUGUCGAGAGCCCCAUAAUCUCCGACUCACGAGUGGACAUCAGAGUCUCGUCUCUGAAGAUGACGAUUAAACUUCGCUUUCCAGUGCCAGAUUUACGACCUCUUCAUGACAUGAGCAGAGUUCCCUGGUGGACCAGAUCAGUUCGUCCUGACUUCAUAACCAUGACUCUGAGUAACGCACAGCUACACACAUCCAUGGACAGCAAGAGUCACCACUUGACGAGGCACGAGAUCCAGUGUAAGGAUUUGUUGAUCACCUACGCUGAAGUAGAUUCCGAUAUUCCCAUUGAGAUUGGUAGAAGUCAGGUUGACGAGAAGACUGACGGAUCGCUGCAGCAGAACGAGAGCCAAUUCGGCUGGCCGAGAAUUGUGAUAACACUUUUUCCUCAGCACCUGGGGGGGCCCCUAGAGGAGAGCUCCGAGGAGGAGCCCAACUCGAGCCUCGACGAAGCACUCAAUCCCCCGAGGCAUCAACCCUCGCCCUUCAGCUCCAAGAGAGUCAUUCACGAGUCUGACACGCCCCACACAGAGUCAGAGUCUUACAACAAAGAUGAUCAGGAACGCCGGGAGGGGGAGGAGCUCGUCAUCCCUGGGAAUCGGCAGGAGAUGCUGGAAUUCAUAGAGGAGGGCGCCCAUGGGUCCAAACUGCAGAUAGAAAUCACGCUGCCCUGUUUGUCGGUUCAGAUACCAUCAAAGCAUCUGUACGAGCAGCUAUACAACAGGAUCAACACAGAUCUCUUCCUCUGGGAGCCCUCGGCCCCUCGCCCCGCCAGCCAACCCGAACCCAACAUCGCUCUGGACCUGGCUUCCACCCUCUUCCAGGAGUCCAUUUACCCGAAAUUCAGUAUGUGCAAGAGCGGUAUCCACUGUGACUCAGAUGUCGACUCUGACGAUGAGGGGGUCUUUCACUCCACCGAAAAGAACUUUGACAGUGCCAGCAAGACUCCGAAAAGUGGCCAAACGAAAAUGGCGCUGACGUUGAACAUUCCCCAGGGUUUGUUAAGCAUGUACACACCAGUACGCGAUAGCUCAUCGAAUGUGAUACCAGGUCAGCAGGGGGAGCUGAUCCUCCGUGUGGAUGAUGCAACGAUUUUCUGUGUGAACUCGUACAAAGGCGACUCAAAUCUAGGUUACGUGUGCACUCUCGUGAAGACGGUGGGGUUGAAUCACUGUAGUUUGACGACGAUUCCCUCCCAGUCACCUCCACUGCGAUCCAUCAACAGUGUAACCCCUAGACACUGUCAGCCAUCAAUAUACCGUAGCAAAGAUGGACAUGAAUUGGGAACGGAUAAGGACAUGCUGACGGUUGCAGUGAGAAUCCAAGCUGCCCACCAGACCCACCAUAUAAAGACCUUCAGAGUGGCAGUGGGCAUGAGGAACGCCACUCUGAGACACCGGAUGUGCUCCUCUCAGGUAUCCUGGUUCUCUCAGUUUAUGGAUUGUCUGGAUGUCGUGGAUCAUCCCGUGGCCGGGUACUCCCCACCAGGUGUUCUAGUCGAGCUUCAUCUUCAUUUGUGGAACUGUUCGGUGGAUUACAGGCCUUUGUAUCUGCCGAUGAGGUCCAUGCUGACCUUGGGAAGUUUCAGUGUGUCGUCGAACAUAGCAGCAAAGACCAAUACCUCGACUCUGAGGUUUAUCGCUGAAGACAUUGCUCUGUUCAUCUCUGAGAAGUUGGGAAACGAGGUGGAUCUGAGGAGGGACUACGUCUGUGUAAUGGAUCUGGGACUGUUUGAGCUGUCGCUGCGGCUGAACGAGAAGAUGUGUGGCGGUGGGCCCAGGGUGGAUCUCCGAGCCAGCAACAAUGUCCUCCACAUUAGGACUUGUGCGGAUUCUGGAAGAGCUCUGACACAACUACUGACGUACUUCGCUAAUGAUGGUGAUCUAGCACCGAAUGCAGUCUCAACUGACAGCAUUGCAGUUCCCUCAUCAGGGGAUGAGGAGAGCCUCCUGGGAGACGAGAGCAUAAACACGUUGAGUAAGAGUCAGGAGGAGAGGGUGAAUAGUCUCAUGGAGGAGGCCAUGGAGGAUACGGUGAAGGGGAACUGCUCGGCGACUUUGGAGAAGAGGGAGCCCAAGCCCGAACCCAAAGUGGAGGUGUUUUUCUUCCCGGACGAGUCUCAUCCAGUGGCGAUAGCCUCGUCAGAGAUGACUGGUAAUGACACCUGUCCUAUUGGUCAGAAGCAGUCUGAUUCUGAUCCUGACGAGGACUUUUGCAUUCUGGGAGAGGAAGCAGGUGCUGGCAUAAUGCCAAGGCACGGUGUUCCCGAGGUGCGAUGGCUAUCUCAAGAGUACAUCCGCGUUGUUGAUAAUCAUUUCUCGAUUCCUCUGGGGAAAACUGAUCUGCUGAAGGCACCAAAGAAAUUCCCCCCAGCAAUCCUGAGGUAUACGCUGUGUGAGAUGACACUGGUCUGGCAUAUGUACGGGGGAAAGGACUUUGGGAAGCCCCAGCCACAGGUGAAGAAACACGUGACCAUUGAUGACUCUCUUCAUAAGGACGGCUUCUCGGUUGGUCGGAGUAGAUCAGCUGUCGUCGGCUUCAGUAAGAUAUCCCCCAAUGAAAUUAGAUUUGGCUCGGCGCCGAAUUCUCCAAGGAAGAUCAGGCUCAACUCGAAUGACUGGUGGACACUGGGUGGUCCGGGACGACAGCACGACGUUCUUAUGGAGCUGCAGCUUAAUAAAGUUCGGUUUCAACACGAAUCGUAUUCGGAAAACGCUGCUGAGGCUUCCAGGCAGGUGCUGCUCGUCAGUGAGAUUGAGAUUCGUGACAGACUGGCUUCCUCUCAUAUCAACAAGUUCCUGUACCAGUACAGCAGUGAGGCUAGACCUAGGCAGACACACGCCAAUAUGUUUGCCUUGAAGGCCGUUCAUAUCAGACCUGAUCCCAAACUCAAUGCUCAGGAAUGCUGUCUGAAAGUGAGUGUUCUUCCCCUUCGACUGAACAUCGAUCAGGACAGCUUGCUGUUUCUCAUUGAUUUUUUUACUGAACUCACGGGGACAACAAAGACCAGUCAGGAUCCAGCGAAUGGGCCGGCGAAUACUACAUCGUCACCGGGAUCGAAACAGGGAACACCGACGCAUCAUCCCCCAGUGAUGAGUGUUAAUGAUAACGAGGGUGAGGGGGUUGUGGAGUCUGAAACUGUGAGUGACGGGGACCUUGUCGAUCAUAAUCUCAUGAUUCUCUUGGAGGACGAGCUGACCAUCAAGGAAAGCAAACAGAAGGUCAAGGUCACCAGUGGAGGACAGGACGACUCCCAGCCGAUUUAUUUUAGGAGUGUUAUUUUCGCACCAGAGGUACUAGUCAGACUCGAUUAUCAUGGGAAAAGGGUGGACUUGACUCAUGGGCCUUUGGCUGGGCUGCUCAUGGGGUUGGGACAGCUCAACUGCUCGGAGCUGCGGCUCAAGAGGCUCACUUACAGGCAUGGCCUCCUGGGCUUUGAGAAACUGAUGGCGUACUUGUUGUCCGAAUGGCUCCAGGACAUCAAGAAGAAUCAGUUGCCCAGUUUGUUGGGGGGAGUGGGGCCCAUGCACUCGCUGGUACAGCUCUUCCAGGGGAUCAGGGAUCUCUUCUGGAUGCCUAUCGAGCAGUAUCAGAAGGAUGGGAGGAUUGUGAGGGGCCUCCAGAGGGGGGCCAACAGUUUUACCACAUCGACGGCCAUGGCCGCCCUGGAGUUGACCUCCAGGUUGGUUCAUGCUAUUCAAAGCACUGCCGAAACUGCUUACGACAUGGUCAGUCCUGGGCCCAGUGUCAGAAGAAAGAGUAAGGGACAGAAGGGGAGGAGAAAGCGGUAUAGUCAGCCGCUGGAUAUCAGGGAGGGCAUGACCAAUGCUUAUAUGCUAGUCAAAGAGGGAUUGGGUGAAACAGCCAAUCAAUUGGUGCGUGUAGCGAGUGUGGAGCACGAACAGAAGGGUGUCUCUGGAGCUGUUGGUGGGGUACUGAGACAAAUUCCUCCAACAGUGGUUAAACCGAUCAUCCUCGCCACCGAGGCGACAAGCAAUGUCCUCGGUGGUAUGAAAUCCCAAUUGGUGCCAGAUGCUAGACACGAGGCAGCUCAGAAGUGGCGACAGGAUCCUCGGGACGUCAAUUAGGACGAGCAACCAUUUUUUUUUAUAUAGGUACAACAAACUACUUGAUUGAUAACAUACAAACUUAGUGCAUUUGUGGGAGCAAAUUUGAUUGAUGAGUCGAGAGUGUUCGCUGAGAAAAUCGAUUAGAUUCACUAAAACGUUGGCAAAAAUUAAAAAAUGAUGAGGUUUAACAUUUUUUGUUUAUUAUGAAGUAACAUUUUCAUAUGGAAAACAAUAAAACUUUUCUUCAAAAUGGGGACAAAAUCCCCAGGAGAACAUCAGGGAAUAAUGUCCACGUAGAAUUUCUUAUUGAAUAAUUUAAUUAAUAAUGAAAUAAUUAGUUAUUAAUUCCUGUCUAUCAAAAACGAUGAAAGAGCACGAAUAAUUCAUCAGUGAUUGCCUCAGUUAUUCAAUUAAAUUUAUUUCCCACAAAUAAUCAUUUGAAUCGCGCAAAGGCUGGGAUGUUCUCACACACGAUUUAACUCAACGUCAAUUUUAUUUUUUAACCGAGCUGGGGGAUGAUAGAUUUAACCAGAAUAUCCAACGAGUUCGAUUACUGCGUGAAUGCCAUAACAGUUACUUUCAUUAAUUAUUGAGUUAAGUAUCAGUGGUGCCUGGAAAGGACUCAUUCACCACGAACUACGGUUGAAGUUUCAGUGAUGAAAUGCUGAGAAUACGUUGAAUGAUGAAGAUAUACUUUAUAUUUAUAGAAUUUAAAUGACAAUGAACGAUACAACUGUAAUGUAUAUAUUAUCCUCACUCGUAAGUAUUUUUGUUCUAACGAUGUUUUUUAUCAGUGAUGUAUAUGUAAUGAUACAAAUUUUUUAUUAAUAAACAUUGUAUGCCUA